AUGUCUAAUUAUGAACCAUUAUCCACAGCAAAUGAAUUCCGCAGUGAUACAUUCACCACCCCGACGCCGUCAAUGUUGACUGCAAUGGUUAAUGCAUCAUUUGGUGAUGAUGUUUAUCAAGAAGAUAAAGUCACUUUAGAAUUCCAACAUGAAAUCGCCCGAUUGACUGGAAUGGAAUCGUCACUUUUCAUGCUCUCUGGAACAAUGGGAAAUCAAAUCGGAGUGCGGGUUCAUCUCAACCAACCUCCACACUCUGUGCUAUGUGAUUAUCGUGCCCAUUUGUACGCUGAGGAAGGCUCUGGCCUGGCAGUCCUAUCCCAAGCUAUGGUGACUCCAGUCCACCCUGCCAAUGGCAUCUUUCUGACUUUAGAAGAUGUGAAGAAGUGGACCGUGCUUGGAGACGAUAUCCAUACCGCGCCGACAAAAGUGAUCAGCCUCGAGGUUACUAUAGGCGGAGUGGUGACUCCAAUGGAGGAGAUACAAAAAAUCUCUGAAUUUGCGCAUAGCCACGAUAUCAAAGUUCACUGCGACGGGGCUCGAUUAUGGAAUGCCUCGGCGGCUACUGGUUACUCUUUAGCCGACUACUGCCGAAAUUUUGAUACUGUAUCUAUGUGUGUUUCAAAAGGGCUCGGUGCACCAGUUGGCGGGGUGCUUGCAAGUACAGAGCUCAACAUCAAGCGGGCCAGGUGGCUUCGAAAGCAGCAAGGUGGCGGCAUUCGACAGGCGGGAGUUCUGACGGCGCCAGCUAUGGUAGCCUUGAAAGAAAUUUGGCCAACCAUGAAAGAGACACACGAGAAGACCAAAAAGCUAGAGGUGGACUUGGCAUUGCUUGGUGUUUUCCCCCAAAUCCCGGUCCAUACGAACUUCUUUUUCAUUGAUGCCAAGAAAUCAAAUAUCAAUAUGGAAGUAUUGUUGAAGCAGUGUCAGAAAUUCAAUGUGAAGGUUAUGGAUGAGCGCAUCGCAAUGCAUCACCAGAUCACAGACAAUUCAAUCGAGAGGCUCAAGGCUGCGAUUGCCGAGGCUGUACAAUUAUCUAGAGCUUUACCGCCUGACGCGACGUCUCAAAAAUCACUCGGUGGAUAUGGAAUCUCAUCAAAAAUGAACGAAUAUAACUAG